UUGUCGUCGACGCAUUUCAAACGUAUUGAUCAACGUCAGCUUUGUGUUAGUCUUGGCAUGUUUGGAGAGAAAAAGGUGGACUUAUAAACGUCGGCGAGGACUCCUAGUAUGGACGUUUUCAAGCAAAACAAAGUUGAAGAUUUCUAUGAAAUCGGUGAAGAGUUGGGAAGCGGGCAGUUUGCCAUUGUAAAGCAAUGCAGAGAGAAAAGAACGGGACAGGAAUUUGCUGCCAAGUUCAUCAAGAAGCGACAGAGUAUAGCCAGCUCUCGUGGCGUUCGACUAGAGGAGAUAGAGCGUGAGGUGCAGAUCCUGCAGCAGACUCAGCAUCCGAACAUUGUCACGCUGCAUGACGUCUACGAGAACCGCACCGAUGUAGUUCUCAUCCUGGAGCUUGUCUCUGGUGGUGAGCUUUUUGACUUCUUGGCCCAGAAAGAGUCUCUUAGCGAGGAAGAGGCAACCCAGUUCAUCAAGCAAAUCCUAGAGGGGGUCAACUACCUCCAUGCCAGGAAAAUAGCCCACUUUGAUCUGAAGCCUGAAAACAUAAUGCUACUAGACAAGAAAGUACCGUUGCCAAGGAUCAAACUCAUUGACUUCGGCCUCGCCCACAAAAUUGAAGCUGGAGUGGAGUUCAAAAACAUCUUUGGAACGCCCGAGUUUGUUGCACCUGAGAUUGUCAGCUAUGAGCCACUGGGUUUGGAAGCAGACAUGUGGAGCAUUGGCGUCAUCACCUACAUCCUUUUAAGCGGUGCUUCUCCUUUUCUUGGAGAAACUAAACAGGACACACUCAGGAACAUUUCUGCUGUGAACUAUGACUUUGAUGAAGAGUUCUUCUGCAACACCAGCGAGCUGGCCAAAAAUUUCAUCAGCCGGUUGCUGGAGCGAGAUAAGAAGAAAAGACUCACUAUUCAAGAUGCUCUCAAUCACCCAUGGAUCAAGCCUAAUGAGCACAAAGAGGAUAAUAAAGGUAAAGAGCUUCAGAAAAGAGAGAGGCGCCAGCUUAAGACCAAGCGCCUGAGGGAGUACACAAUAAAGUCCCACUCAAGCAUGCCGCCUAACAACACCUACGUAAACUUUGAGCGCUUUGCCCAAGUGGUUGAGGACAUCGAUCAUAUGGAACGGUUAUUUAUCAGCUUGGCCGCAUCCCAUGAUUCUCUGCAAGAAGAUAUCGAUGCCAUGGUCUCUAUAUAUAAUGAGAAAGAGGCCUGGUACAAGGAGGAGAGUGAGGGGGCGCGUCAUGAGCUCUCACAAAUCCGUUACGAGUUCCGUAAGCUGGAGGCCCUGAAGAGGAGUCUUCAGGAUGACAUGCAGUCUUUUAGCUCCAACCUCAGUAGCGUCAACAGCCGCUACCAAGAAAGACAGAAGCACUUUGAUGCACUCCACCUGGAGCUCAGCAAUGAGUUGAAAUGGGUGCAGGAGGCGAUGGGUUCAUGUCCCGUGGACGGAGGUGGUGGUUUCCCCAAUGGCAACUUCAGCACUGUCUUCAACAAUGAAGUAAAUGAAGCCCUGAAAGAGUUGCUGAACCACUCCUGUGGAGGAGAACUGCUGUCUGGGAUCAACCUGGACCUAACUGAAGCUGGACAGCAAAGAUAAAAUGAAAAUUCUAGAAAGAGUAACUGUGCAAUUUAGGGUAAAGAGUUUGGACUUUGAAUGUGUGUACUCUUUUUCAGAAGAGGGUUUUUUGUGGGUUAAGGCCAGUUGGGUGAUCAGAUUAGAGUAAGGACUUUGUGUUGUCACAAUUUUCUAGUAAAGGGGGUUUUGUAGGUUAGGGUUAGUCACUUUAAAAGGUGUAUUCUUUAUUCAAAAGUCAUCAUCACUCUUUGCCAACAGAGGGUGUUUCAUGCCUCCCUUGGAAGUGUGAGGCCUCAUGGUCUCUGCGCCCUUCAAAAAGCCCUCCAUUUCCGGGCCCUCAUCUUCUUCAUCUCUAUCACUGUCUUCUGACUGAAAAAAAAAAGUAUAUAUAAGUAGAUAAUGUAUCUACCGUAUUUUCCGCACCAUUAGCCGCACCUAAAAACCACAAAUUUACUCAAAAGCUGACAGUGCGGCUUUUAACCCGGUGCGCUUUAUAUAUGGAUAAAUAUUAAGAUUCAUUUUGACAAAAGACCUCCAGCCGCUAGAUAUUGGUGUCAACAGGGCAUUCGAAGCUAGACUGCUAACUGCGUGGGAACAAUGGAUGACAGAAGGCGAACACACCUUCACUAAGACAGGGAGGCAGCGCCAGACGACGCCAACAUCUGCCAGUGGAUCGUAAAUGCCUGGGCAGAUAUUUCGGUCACAACUGUGGUCCGAGCUUUCCGGAAGGCAGGAUUCACAGAACUGCUGGAUAACAGUGACACUGACUCCGAUGACUUCGACGAGACGGAACCGGCUAUUUUGGAUCUCACAUUUGCCCAACUUUUCACUUCGGACACCGAAGACGAAGGAUUUACGAAUGAAGAAUAACUUCAGAAGGUGAGCGCUAUGUUUAUUUUGUGUGUUGUGACAUUAACGUUCGAGCAACAUUAUGUUGCUAUUGCUCUGCACUAUUUUGAAUUUUACUAUGUUUGUGAUUGCACAUUUGCGUACAUUUUGGGACAGAGUUGUUAGAACGCUGGUUUUCAAUAUAUUAUUAAAGUUUGACUGACCUAUCUGACUGUUUUUUUGACAUUCCCUUUAGCGCAGCGUAGGCGCGGCUUAUAGUCCGGGGCGGCUUAUUGGUGGACAAAGUUAUGAAAUAUGCCAUUCAUUGAAGGUGCGGCUAAUAAUCCGGUGCGCCUUAUAGUGCGGAAAAUACGGUACUUCAUAGUGUUUUCACGAAACAGAAAAGUUAGCCAUGGCCCAAAAGUAGAUAAUCUGCGGAAAUUACUGUUAGCACCUCUGCUAAAGCUAAAUAGUUCCCUUUGGCAGUGUUUUUGGCUGUCAGCAAACAUCUGGAGUACUACGGUCUGACCCAAAGUUGUGACAAAACAGAGAUGGUAGAGAGAACAAUUGUCUAAACAGAAAGGUGAUUAUGGAUCACAAGCCUCAACACAGAAUGUGGAUGCAAGAAUGAUGAUAACAUUCAAAUUUGCUAAGCCUAUUUUGUAUCUGUACAUGAUGUAUUUCACGUUAACUACAUUUUCACCUGCUUUUAAAAGCAAAGAAGCGUGUUCAUUUAUGAAUUUCGUCAUAUGUACUCUAUCGAACCCAAUUUUUAGCUUUUUCUGAUAAGCGAGCCUACUUCACAGCUAUGGUUUUGACUUAACUUUUAUGCCGAAGGCCCUUCCUGACAUGGUAAUUGAACCCAUACCCUAAGGCAGAAGCAUAGCAUUACACCACCAAGGAUACCGUACUGACCCCAAUAUACAGUAUUGUUUAUAGUACUAUUGAGCGAUUAAGAAAAUGAGAGAUUAAUUUAUUGUCUGUAAUGAAUUAAUCUAAUUUUUUAUCUCAACUAAAAAAAAAAUGCUGACAAUGCCCCCAAUUUGAGGUAUUUUCAUUUAAAUGAAUUACAUUAUUGUAAAGAUAGAUGUAUAAACCAAAAAAAAAAUUGCUUUAUAAUUUGUUGUGUUUUAGAUGCAGUCUGUGGUCUUUACUAAAAUAAAACAUCAGGUCCAUAUAAAAGUGCUAAAGCUACUAAAUACAUUAAAAAAACACCUUUCUGAGCAAUACGUUUUGAAUGUUGCGCUUUAACUCGGCAAAUAAUAUAAAAUAAAUCAAACAGAGCCGUCAUUGUCAGUGGUAGCAUGUGUUACCAAAAGUGGUUUAAGAAAACAGAUUUAACAAAUAAAUUAUUAUAUUUGUCACAAUUACGUAGAUGUUAAACUUUGUAAAACAGAUCGGAUGAGAUGUUGGCUUUAAUUGACUUCCCUUGUUGUCAAUCAUCAAUGUGUAACAUUAUAUCACGUUUUUAAACCUUAUUAACGAUUAAACAUUUAGUUAUUUACAAACAAGCUUAUGAUUUCAUUUUGUGCGCCAUCACACACACGGGCAAUUAAAACAAGAUUCUCCUCCUUGUAAAUGUGCUCUUAUUUUACCGGUACCAAAAUGUAUUUUGAUACUUUUCGAAAUAAAGGGGACCACAAAAAAUUGCAUUUUUGGCUUUAUUUUAACAGAUGAUCUUAUGGUACAUUAAACACAUGUUUCUUAUUGCAAUCAAAAAAAUGAUUUUGGCCUUAAGAUAGUGAACAUACUAGACAACU